AUGGCGAAUGGCCAGACGGACAAUGAUCAUGAAUCCGUUCAGGCUAAAUUUAAAUCAAACUCUACUAAAAGUGGCCACCAACCAGAUUGUCAGUACAAUUGGGGCCGGUAUGUGAACGGCACCUGGACUGGACUUAUUGGGGUUGUGUCGCAAAAUCUGGCUGAUAUUGGUUUAGCCGGGGUAUCCAUAACCUCUGAGAGGGCACAAGUAGUCGACUUCACCGAAUCACAUAUACUGACAUCACUCACAUUCAUAACCCCACCGCCCCUUAGGGGUCAGUCCAUGGAUUUAGUGCUCCGACCCUUUCACACCUACAUAUGGCUGUGUCUGAUGGCAUCACUUAUACUAAUGAUAAUCAGUGUAUAUCUCAUAACCAUUUACUACAUCCAACUCAACACUAUUAGUAUGAAGUGGUGUAUAAUCGCCGCUCUAUUGAAGCAGAAUAUUGUUUGGAAAAUACCGAAUAUUCUGUGUUAUGUGCAAGGUCUCAGUGCCGCACAUUAUUAG